AUGACGACUGAGUGCCGCAUCCUGUUGGUGGCCAGGGUGCGGGGCGGCGCGAUGCUGGACGCGGAGCUGUACGCAGCGCACUGCGCGCCACAGCGGCUGGCGGCCCUGGAGGCGGUGGACGCCGUCUGGCCGCUGCUGCGUUGGCCGCAGGCGGAGGCAGUCCUGAGGGCGGGGCCCCUCCGCCGCAGGCUCACCGUGCUCGACCUGGGCUGCGGCCCGGGGGACACCACUGCCUGGGUGCUGGCGCCGCGACUGCCGGAGCGCGUGCUGCUGGUGGGGGCGGACGCGCACCCGGGCUUCGUGCAGCACGCCCGCCUCCGCAACUCGCGCGCCGGCGUCUGCUACGAGCUGUUCGACGCCGACAGCUUCGAGGUGGAGCUGAGCCUGCUCUGGCGGUGUGCGCCCUUCGGCAUCGUCUUCUCCUUCCUGCUGCUGCACCGCGUCUGCAACAUCAGGCGUUCCCUUGGAAACAUUUACAAGCUAAUGGCGCCCAGCGGAGAUGCUCUGUUCACGCUCAUUGCGCACACUCAUCUCUACACGGUUUACUACCAGAUGGCGCAGGAAUCUGACUGGAAAGACUCCAUGCUGGAUGUGGACGUUUACGUGUCUCCAUUCUAUAAGUCUCAAAACGACUUGCAAGAGCUGGUGUCGCUGUUGAACGAAGCGGGUUUCCAGGUCCAGCGGUGUUGGGCGGAUCAAAAAAAGUUUGUGUACAACACGGAGGAGCAGCUCAAAGGGUACUUAAGAGCGGUGAAUCCUUUCGUGCACAGAUUGCCAGAUGAGAAGAAGGAAGACUUCCUUGCAGAAAUACUGCGGCGUUGCUAUGUCAUGUAUGCAGUCACGGUGGAACAGAACUAUUUAACUGGAAUGAAGUCGUACAGUUUCAACUAUAGGUGUUUGACUGCACUGCUAAUCAGACUCUAA